CGCAAGCGCAGUUGCGUUUGGUGAGGGUACCUGGCAGCUCUGUGUAAUAAAAAAAAAAGGUGAUAAAUACUUGGAAAAGUUAAUAAACGCAUGUAAUAUUCUAUUAUUUCUCUAUCAAUAUGACUGAGGAGUCGCAACAAUCAGAGAAAACCGCGCAAUCCGAAUCUUCCAAUACAAGAAAUACAGAUAUAAAAUUAAAAGACACCAAAAAGGAAAAAUGCCGGCCAAUGACAAAGGUAGUGGUACGUCGACUACCUCCGUCAAUGACACAGGAACAAUUUGUCGAACAGAUAUCACCUCUACCAGAUUAUGAUUAUUUGUACUUUGUGAAAGCUGAUAUGUCAUUGGGACAAUAUGCAUUUUCUCGUGCAUAUAUAAAUUUUCUCAAUCAACAGGACAUCUUUAUUUUUCGGGAAAAGUUUGACAACUAUGUUUUCGUUGACUCCAAAGGUACAGAAUAUCCUGCAGUUGUUGAAUUCGCACCAUUUCAGAGAUUACCAAAGAAACGAGUUGGAAAGAAGAAGGAUUUAAAAUGUGGGACUAUAGAAACUGAUGCUUAUUUUAUAAAUUUCUUGGAGAGUCUCAAGAAUCAGGAGAGUGAUUCUGGUACUAGUCAACCGAAGACGGAAUAUUCCUAUCAACCUGCCGAGAACACUCCGAAGAAAGUUACAACACCUUUGCUGGAUUAUUUGAAGCAACGAAAGCAGGAAAGACAACGACUUCGUGAUGAAAAACGAGAAGAAAGACGUCGUCGAGAUUUAGAGCGACGACGAGCGAAAGAUGAAUCCACUGUGUCUAAGGUCCUGAAAAAUCCGGACUCGGAGAGAGAAGCAAAUAAGAACAAGGAGAACAAGGAAGAGAGGGAGAAGAAUAUUUCCAAGGAUGUGAAGACUCGUAAUAAAAGGGAUGAUAAAUUUAGAGAUAAAUUAACGAGAGAUCGUGACGGGAAGUUACCUGCAAAAUCCUAUAGGGACAGAGAGGAGAAAUUUAAGGAUCGAGACAUGAAAUAUCAAAAGAAGCAUGACGAGAGAAAAUCGUAUGGCAAAAAGGAGGAGAGAGAUAAUUUCAAAGAGAGAAUGGAUGACAGAAGAAGUGAGUCGAGGGACGAGAGAAAAUUCGAAAAUCGAGAAGAUAAUAGAGAAUUUAAAGAACGUAAAGCAGAGGAGAAAAAAGGUAAAAGCUAUGAGAAAAUGAGACAAGAAAAGAGACGAUUAUCCGAAACAAAAAAGCAAAAUCUAACGGAAAAUAGUGUUGAGAUAAGCGUAGAAAAAGUUAAAAUAGACGAGACUCCGCUGGAUGUAAAGUCUGAGAGCAAUGAACAGAAUUCAGUAGAAGUGGAUCAAACAUCAUUGGAAGGAAAAGAUAUUUGCGAGAAAGAAUCUGCAAAUAUUAAAAUUCCAGACAAGGAGGAAGAAAAAGAAGAGGAACCGAAAUUCAUUGCUGACGAAAAACCGAAUCUUGAGAAUACUGAAAGAUUAUUGGGAUCGGGUGACGAGAAAAGUCCAGUGAAUUGUCCAAAGUCAAAAUCCAAUGAAGAAAUAGACAAGGAAUUGGAUUAUUGUGGGGUGAAUGAUCCAAAGAAAGAAACUGUGAUUGUAAAACGAAGAAGUUCGCUGGAAAGUGGCGGCGAAGGUGGAGGUGGAGACGGUGCUUGUUUGAGACGUCACAAAUCCUUGGACGGCGAAGACCAAGGCAAUUUGCAGAAGAACGUGAGGGACGAGAAGGUAAAGAACAAAAAAGAUCCCAGGCUGGAACGACGUAUUAGAAAUAAGGAUCGACCAACAAUGGAAAUUUAUAGACCUGGAAUGGGUAAAUUUAGUAAACAGCGUAUUGAACGUGAAAAAUCUACUAACGACGAGAGAGCAUCAUUAUCACAAAGUCCAACGCCAACUGGAAAUGUUCCCACGACUUUCAAAAAUAAUAAAUCUGGAUCUGAAGUUCGUUCAAUGACUUUCAAAAGAAGCGUUAGUCGAGAUAUCCCCUAAUGAAAUAAAGUUUUUUUUUCUUUGUUUUUAA